AUGGCAGGAACUUCCCGGAUAGCGCAACGGCCUUCCAGGGCGUCCUCGUGUGGAUCCUCCCCGCUGGGCAUCCGAGAGCUGAGUCGAAGGCUACAAAUUGCAGAGGGGCUGAAAUCGGGGUGCCGCGUCGGGGCUCUGGACCUGGGAUUUUUGAGGCUGGAGUUGCCGGUGGCCACCACUCGUCCCCAGACCAUUUUUGGUGACGUGGCCGUGGCCGUGCACCCGUGGGACCCGCGCUACCUGGGCCGGCAGGUGAGGCACCCGUUCAGCGGGGCCUUGCUGCCCGUGGUGAGCGACCCCAGCGUGGAGCCCCAGCGUGAAACCGGUGCGGUGAAGGUGACCCCUGGACACAGCCCCCAGGACCUGGCUCUGGCCCGGGCCCAUUGGCUGCCCCUGCCCUGCGUCAUCGGGGACGAUGGCACCUUGUGUCCCCCGGGGGGAGGCUGGCUGCAGGGUGUCCCCAGGUUCGAGGCCCGUUCCCGUGUGGUGGCAGCGCUGGCCCAGCUGGGGCUGUUCCGGGGGGUGCAGGACCACGCCAUGACCCUGCCCCUCUGCAGCCGCUCCGGGGACGUCGUUGAGUUCCUGCUGAAGCGCCAGUGGUUCCUGAGCUGUAGAGACGUGGCCCAGAGAGCCCUGCAGGCGGUGACGUCGGGGAGGCUCCGCCUGGUGCCCAAAUUCCACGAGAAGAACUGGAAAACCUGGAUGGAGAACGUGGGGGACUGGUGCCUGUCCCGCCAGCUGUGCUGGGGUCACCAGGUGCCGGCGUUCCAGGUGAGGGGGGGUCCCGCAGCCCCCUCCCCACGGGGGAGUCCCGGGGGUCCCGAGGGUCCUGAGGGUCCCGGGUUCGUGGGGAGCAGCGAGGCCGAGGUGAGGGGGGCGGCGGCGACGGCGCUGGGGUGUCCCCAAGAGGAGCUGCACUUGGAGCAAGACCCCGAUGUUUUGGACACCUGGUUCUCCUCCGCCCUCUUCCCCUUCGCCGCCCUGGGCUGGCCCGAGCAGAGCCCCGCCCUGCGGCGUUUCUACCCCACCUUGGUGCUGGUGACGGGCGGUGACCUCCUCUUCUUCUGGGUGGCCCGGAUGGUCCUGCUGGGCCAGCAGCUGACAGGACAGGUGCCAUUCCAACAGGUUCUGCUGCACUCUCUGGUCCGGGAUUCCCAGGGGCGCAAAAUGAGCAAAUCCCUCGGGAACGUCAUCGACCCCCGCGACGUCAUCGGGGGGGCCACGCUCCAGGAGCUGCAGGAGAAGCUGCAGAGCCAGACUCUGGACCCCCGGGAGCUGCAGACGGCCCAGGAGGGGCAGAGGCGCCAGUUCCCGCAGGGGAUCCCCGAGUGCGGCGCCGACGCCCUGAGGCUGGCCCUGAGCAGCCACAACGCCCACGGCCCCGAAAUCCGUCUGGGCGUGGCCUCGGUGCUGACUCAGCGCCGCUUCUGCAACAAAGUCUGGAACGGGGUGGGCUUCGUGCUGCGGGCCCUGGAGGGGGAGAAGGGCACCCCAAAACCGCCUGAGGAGGUGUUCCCCUCGUCCCCCCUGGAGCGUUGGCUCCUGUCCCGCCUGGCUGGGGCCGUGGCCGAGAGCUGUCGUCGUUUGGAGUCGCUGCAGCUCCAGGGCGCCGCCGCCGCCGUCCAGAGCUUCUGGCUGAGGAGCUUCUGCGAUGUCUACCUGGAGGUGGCCAAGGUGUCCCUGCAGUCCCCGCAGCUCCGUCCCGCUGUCCUGGCCACGCUGGUGGCCGCGGCUGAGCUGGGGCUGCGGCUCCUGGCCCCCUUCGCCCCCUUCGUGGCCGAGGAGCUGUGGCAGCGCCUGCCCCGCCCCCACCCCGCGCCCCCCAGCAUCUGCCGGGCCCCCUUCCCCGACCCCCAAAAACUGCCGAGCCGCGCCUUUAAAUAA